AAAGCAGCAGCCUAAUAGAUAGUUCCUCCUUUCAACACAAGUUGCAAAGAAACAUAUGGGCGUCUGGAGUGCGAUUUCGUGCCGGUCGCGGUGUUUAAUUAGACUUGUGACGUCCAAUUCAAUUAUUCUUCUCUUGUGAUCGGCGCUUGCCGUGGCUUCGCCUCCUCUUCCGCCACUCAUCAACAUUCAUCAGCUCAUGGAAAGGAAGAUGGUAAGUGGCUCGCCCAAGGCGAGGUCAUGGACUCGGCCGUGGCGAUGGGCCAAGACGCUCUUCUUCGUGGCAGCCAUGCUGGCGUCCCUCCUCCUCGUCUGUGCUCCCCCGGUGUUCGUCGUCGUGCUUGACCUGCUCCUGCCGCCGACCCUGCUCUCCGUCUCCAACCGCGGCUCUCCUCCUCUCUCCCUUUGGGCUCUCCCGGGACAACUGAAGACCUUCGACUUCCGCUCUUCUUUGAUCGAUCUGCCCAUGGUUUCCGCCCUCAGAUCCUUCCUCAUCCUGUUUGCUUUCCUCGCCUGCGACGGGGGUCGAGGAUUGUAUGUGGGGAUCACCGCGUUCUGCAGUUCCGCAUCGACCGCUUACGUGCUGAUCAAGGCGUUCACCAUCUACUGGGUGGCUCCGCCGCAACAGGAGCCGCGGUGGAUCCUUGCGCUCGCCGGCAGAGAAUCUCCGGCUAUCGAAGCGUUGUUCUUGACCUCGUUAGCCCUUGCCAUCGCUCACAUCGCGGUGGCCUACAGGACCAGCUGCAGGGAGAGGCGGAAGCUACUGGUCUACAGAAUCGACGUCGAAGCGGUUAAGAUAAAGGGAGGUCUGAUCAAGGAAGACAGCAAAGUGUGAGGAGGUUUUUGGACAUUAAGACGAAACAAUAUAACACAAGGAAUAUGCUGCCAUAAUUCUGCCAAAGCCUUCUAUCGACAAAAAAUAUUUACGUGAUAAUUCUGCGUUCUUGAACAUUUUUUAUUAUGUUUGAUUCGACACAGCGUGUAAUCUCUGUUUUCAUUUUCCUCCCCUCUAAACCUUAAAGAAUGUACAUGUUCUCCAAUUUUCCUUCCUUUCGAAUUCUUGGCUCAAUCUCUUAAGUGUAUACUGAUCCAAAGAAUAAACAGCCAACUUUUUUC